UCCGGGACUGCACCCUGUUGCGUCCUUGACGCACUGAGAUGAAUCAACCUGCAGCUUGUGCGAGAGGGCAAAGUUCAUUAACAUUGCUAUCCUGCCUGCGAUCAUCGCAGCACCAACAGUUUGUCGAAGUCACAGCCAAGAGACUUGCCCGGGGGCAGGUAUGCAAGAAUGAAGCCUGAUCAAGGAGACUUUGGCAACAGUCCAACUCACAGAGGUGCUUAUUUGAAGAGGAUCAGGGAUCUUGACUCAAGCAUGCCUACUACUGACCAUGAGCUGAGAACUGAUGUCAGACCAAGUUUGUUGUUUUCAAAAUCCAUGCCCAAAGAGUGCACCGGCCGAAUCGACCCGAUUGGCCAGAAAUAUUUUACAACUGCAAUCAACAGCCUGCAAAGCAAGACAGGCCUGAACAGGGAGAAUGGAUCUGGAUGGAGACAAGAAAGCGGGAGCUGUAAUGUGGAUGGAUUUCUACACAAAGACAGCAUCCGGGAAGGGCACUCUAGAAAGGACGGUGAAGCAGACUGGACUGCCGGGCAGGUUAACGAUGACGUAGCGGGGACGAAAAGGAUCUCUGAGGCAAGCAUGUACGUCAAGCAUGCUGGUGAAGCUGACGAAGGCCAUCAUAAUCGCGAAAUUUUUCUCAAGAGUCGCAAAGCACUGGAAAAGGCGGCAGCGUGCCUCUCUGGAGUGAUUUCUGUUGGAAAUGACCCUAGCACUUCUGCGGGAACUGAUGCCGGGAAAGCGGAUUCCUGCCGGGAAGGAAGUCCUGAGGCGGUUGAAUCUGGUACAACAUGGUCGUCGGCAAGGUUCAAGAUCUCGGGAUUUUCGGGCACCGAUCAUUUUCAAGGAAGCCAAACUUCAAGAAAAGACAUUACAGGCAUUCGGAGUCUUCAGACAUAUGAUAGCAAUGCAGAAAAUGAUCUUUUGUCUCAGAUUAUGGAUAUGAAGAGUGGGGAGGGUGAAGGAGAGCAAGGGCUCUCUCAGGUUCAGAGUACGGGCUGCUGUUGGCCGAUGCCCGUUGGAUUACUUGAUAACGAUCGUUGUCGAGGAGGGAAGACCUCAAGAGAAGUGAUGCUGGGGAGUCGAGGGAGCGAAGGAGAUAGGGAAAACAAUCAGCUUUUCUCAUCAGGCUUUGAUCUCAAGAAGGGCGUGGAGAAAGCGGAGCACUUGGUGUCAGAGCUGCGAAAGGUUUUGUCGUUGAGUUCGGCAUCAAAGAGCAUCAAGGAGAAGACAGAGCAGGCAACACCUCAUGUGCUGCAUGCCGCUUGUAAGUCCUCAAAUGCAGUGGUGUUCGCAGACAAGGGUCUCUCUGAAGGAAGCCAAGUGCCGAGAGACACAGUGGCAAGGAUUCAAAGCACUGAUGAGGGGGACGCAGAAAGCACACGUUCGUUUUCAGGUUCAAGUUGGAAGGACUUUGGGGCGAAGACGAAGUGGGGAUUGAAUCAGGCGCGAAGCACUGGUGCAAAUUGCCGAACAAGUGCGAUGAUCGCCGGAGAUGAUCAUUUGCCCGGAACGCGGACAUUGAGAGAAGUAAUGUCAGGAAGGCAAAGGACUCUAGGGAACAAAGAUGACCAUCACCUGUCGUUAGAUUCAGAGCUGAAGGGUGGGAGGAAGACAGUAGAGGAGGGGUUGUCUCAGGCGCAAGCGCUGGUCCGCCGCCCUCAUACGGUGGCGACGUGUCCCGGUGUCAGUCCUCGUCAAGGCAGCCAGAAAUUAGGGGAAGUACCGUCAGCAUCCUACUCGACGAGUCUCAGAUGGAUGGCCGAUGCUGCGAAGUGUCGUUCAUUAUCUCGUCCUUCAAGUGUGGAGAAAGAGGGGGGGAAGGGCGAACAAGCACCGUAUCAGCUGCCUCGAGGAGCCCAGAAUCACCUGAUGGCAGGAACACUUGCGGACGACGAUCGUUCUCAAGGAAACGGAAUUUCAACAGGUAUAAUGUCUGAGGGAAUUUGCGAAAUCGACACAUUACGGAGUCAAUUGGGCAAAAUGGACAUCGCAGGGCCACUUUGUUCAUCAGCCUCCUCGGAUUUGCGGAAAGUCGGGGAGAAGGCAGAUCAAGGAUUGUCACAGGGGCAAACUGUAGCUGAUCGUUACCUGGUGUUCGGGCUGAGGAAGGGGCAAAAAACUGUGCCUGAUUCUUACCCGGGCGGGGCGAGGAAGGCGCACAUGGAUGAAGGGCUCCCUAAGGCUUUUCCUCCAUCAGCUGGGAGUGGAGGCGAAGAGCUCAUUUCCGUUGAACAGGGCACUGCUAACCAUCUGAGCAGCGGAACGACCUGUGGCAAUCGCUUCAGUGCCAGUUAUGGGACUGGAGAUUAUAGUGCCAAUCCAUAUCUUAGCAGUAGAACCAGCGGCAACGGUCGUUCAAGUUGCGAAAUCACUGCCACUUACAGGGUUGUGGACACAUGUUGGAGUUCUAAAGAGAAUGAGAAAGAAAAUUUCCAUGCAAUCGUUGACCGAUACCGUGUGCUAAUGUCCAAAUGGGAGCAUCUGGAAAGAGAAGGCAGAGCGGAACGGCCCGAGCCAAGGGCGGACACCUCAGAACCAGCCAGUUAUGCCAACCCGAUUCUCAGGUCUGACAAGAAUGACACACAGCAGGUCACCCAUCCAAGUACUAUUCCUGCCCAACGACGCUCGACAAGAGAGAGUUCAGUACAAAGCACACCUGUUCGCAUGGGGGACUGGCACUCAACCGCAUUCUUCAAAAAACCUGAAAAUGCCACUCGAACAGCUCAUUCAACGACUGGCAGUCCCAGUGGCGAUUCCAAGUUUGGUCUGAAGCUUAGACCACCUAUUUCAUCGGCGUCUUCCGAGAUUCGGUGCGAUGCUGUGAGUUCUUUUUCGAGCUUCCUAGGGCGUUUCCUGCGCCUCAGUGAGGACCUUACACGAGGGCCAGCGCAGACGCUCUCCGUUGGCAACGUGAAGAACAAGGCAGAGCAGAACACGACUUCUACUUGCAUGAGCGCAGGCACAUUUGAUAAGGUCAAGGACGGGGGGAAGGUAUCAUCGAGAACCAAGGACGACUCUUGGUCGGUGGCGUUUCAGGGCGCAGGUGAGAAUGGCGAUAACCUGACAAGGGCACGUGGGAUAGUGGGAAAAGGGGCGGAAGCUGAUAACAGUAACAAGAACUGGGGUUUGAUCUCGUGUCUUAUGGCUCCGAGAGUGGGUCGUCGUGCUGUAAAUCAGUCGGAUGAUCAUGAUUUGUACCACCGGAAGGUCCAGAGGUUCACAGAUAAAUCACCUCCUCAGGGAGAAGUGACGCAACAGCAGAUGGUGGGGAAACCGGAUGCAGGACUCGCUGGAGGGAAUUGGGAGGUAGAAGGUCCGGGUAUACCGCAGUCGUUGAUAAGCAACCGGAUGGAAGUGAUUGUUUCUGCUGCUUCUUUGCUGGCAAAAACUUUGACUGAGUUGCAGGAUGAAUGCAAGAGAGCGAGCAAGGAAAAGGCGAGCACAGAGGGGCGUAUUGAUGCCUCUUCUGACUCAGGUGUGCGUUCACGGAUAAACUGCUUGUCCAUGGACCAUCAGAGGCAAGCUGGUCUUGGGGAUUCUACAAGGCCAAGGACCUAUGACGAGCGCCCUUCAGAAAGAGCAAAAGGGACAGGAAGAGGGGAGUCCUUCCAAAAGGAGGAUGCUUCGUCGUUGUUGGAUACCAGCAGCGAUUGCAGGAAAGACUGGACUGCGAGAAAUGACGAUUGCCACCAUCGCCCUGCACUGAGCCCACACGUACCCAGGGAUCGAAGCAUGGGCAAUUAUCUCAGCUACUCAAAUGGGCUCGAGAGUUAUGCAUCAUUUUCAGAAGAGAGGAAUGAGGAUCUGCAUGUGCGUAAAGUCGGUGAAAGAUGCAUAGGAAGUCAAGAUAAUAAUACCGGAAACACCUCAUCCAGUGUGGCAAGGCUCAAUCCACCGUCGGAUGCCAGGACUGAGAGCACAGGCGUUCAUAUCCCACCAAAAGUUGCUCAGCGAGAUUUUGCAGUAAAUUCUGUUCAGGCAGUUUACAAUACCAGAGACUGCACUAGGAGAGGAGGAGGAGGAGGAGGAGGGGAAAGCGGAGUCAAAGGAGAAGGAGGAGGGGGAAGUGGAGUCAGAGCAGGAGGAGGAAAAGGGAGAAGCGGAGACAGAGGAGGAGAAAGUGAAGGACACGAAGGAGCAGGAGGAAGAUCAGGAGGAGGAACAGCACCGGGACGGAAAUCCACGAUGACAGACUCCAGGGAGAAGAGAUCAGGAGACAACCAGGAGGAGCUGCUGCUCCCAAAUGACCAGCCUCUCAUCACAGCAAAAAGAGUGAUUGAUGAGCAGGUUGCUAGCAUAGUGGAGUUAAUGGAGCAGCUUCAGAAGGUAACCUGCCGAUGUGUCCCAUAACUACGCCCGUCUUCUGCACAAGUGACAAACUGGAACUGUUGGGACAUUAUAUCUGCCUGUGGGGCCAUUUUGAAGUCAC